CCAGUAGAGACUGGCACCAUGUUCCAACAGAGGCUUCUAAUGUGUGUUUGCCUUCUGGCUCUCGUCACUGGAGUGAUAUCUAAACCGAGGUAUGCACUAUCAGUCCCUGUUGUGCUGAAGAGUGGAGAGAACGCUACUGCAUGCAUCAACAUUUUAGAUAAUGAUGGCCCUUUGCAACUGAAUGUCAAUAUUGAGGUCGACGGAGUGAACUACACCAUCUUCAGUGAGUCCGUCCAAGCCAACACAAUCUUCAAAUGCAAAGAAUUUCCGGUUCUAAAUGUGGCCACGACAGUCCCAGUAUUCAUCACCAUGGUGGCUACUGGCCAGAGAGACACGUAUGUGGAACGCAGAUCUGUGGUUAUUGAUAAGAUGGAAAACAUCUUCUUCGCACAACUGGAUAAAUCCCAAUACAAGUCGGGACAAAAGGUGCGGAUUCGUUUUAUUUCCCUAAAUCCCCAGCUGCGUCCAGUGCAAGAGACGUACCCUGUCAUCUAUAUAUUGGAUCCUUUGGGGAGUCGAAUGUACCAGUGGCUGGAUAAGACCUCAAGUCAAGGACUGGUGGCCGUGGAGUUUACUCUGCUGAGUGAUGCAUCCCCAGGAACGUAUGGAGUAGUAGCUGAAAGAAUAUCAGGCCCUGCAGUUUUCCAGACUUUUGAAGUGGCUGAAUAUGUGAUGCCCAGAUUUGGGAUGACUGUGGAAGCUCCCAACACCAUAUCCAUACUGGACCAGACCAUAAAAUUUAAAAUCAGUGCCAGAUACACGUAUGAUCAGGGAGUGCCAGGGAAACUGUCUGGCAGACUUUGCAGGCAAUAUAGUUCUCAUUAUCCUGGAAACAGCUGCAACAGGAACCCUGAAGGUCUCUGUCAUUACAUUGUUAGAGAUGUGGACUCCAGUGGCAAAUUGACCUACACUGCUGACCUGGCCCAGUUCCAGUUGGAUCGGAGUGGAUUUUUCAUGGGUCUGAACUAUCAGAUGACACUGACGGAGAAUGGCACAGGUGUCCAAGUGAUAGAAUCUGGUUCCGUGUCCAUAAGCAAUGAAAUAGCUCGGGUUUCAUUUGACCGCCAAGCCAUGCAGCAGUAUUACAAGCCGGGGAUUCCUUAUCUUGCUGCUAUGACUUUGGUGAAUGCUGCAGGAGAUCCCCUCAGAAACAAAACCAUAGAGCUCCAUGUCAAUGGGAAUAGGGUCCAGAAUCUGACCACAGAUAGAAAUGGCAAAGCUCGGUAUGAGAUUGAUGUGACUGGCAUUGAACAACCUCAGCUGAGCAUACAGGCCACUUAUAAGAACUCUGAGAGAUGUUAUGACUCCAACUGGGAGAUUCCAAUUUAUUCCAAUGAUGUUUACUCGGUCACAAGGUUCUUCUCUCACACUGGGAGCUACGUGGAGAUCCGUUCUCCCCAACAGGAACUGAGAUGUAGGACUAGUUACACCAUCAAAGUCUAUUACUCCCUCGGCCCCAAAGCUCUAGGGAACUCCACCAAAGUUUCUUUCUACUACCUGGUAAUGUCAAAAUCCAAGAUUGUGAAAUCUGGGCAACAGCCGGUGGACUUGAGAAGAUCUCUAAGUGGAGCCUUCCGCUUAAAUCUCAUGGUGUCUCCAGAGUUGGCUCCUGGUUUUGAUGUCAUCGUAUACAGCAUGUUACAAUCUGAGGUCAUAGCUCACGAAAUACGUCUUAACACAGAAAAGUGCUUUAAACACCAGGUGUCCCUGAGCUUCUCAGCCUCCCAAGGAACUCCAGGAUCCAAUGUGAACUUAACACUUAAAUCAGAUCCCAGAUCCUUGUGUGGACUCCGUGUCAUUGAUUCCAGCCUUCUCCUUCUUGGACCAGACACACAGUUGACAGCUGAGAGGGUGUACAAUGCUCUUCGAUACAUCAACCAAGUUGGAUAUUACGUGGGAGGAUAUAAUGUAGAGCCACCAUCACCACCGUGCUUUGAUGUCCUCCAACGAGUCUUAGAUGAUGGUUUCAUUUACCAACCGGUUCAGUUCCCAGGGGAAGGAUACGCGUACAAUGAAUUCAAAAGUGCUGGCUUGAUGUUUGCUACAAAUUCUUCGAUGUACAAACCAGAGCUGUGUAGAUUUCCUGUAGGAUUCCAGCCAGUAAUACUUGGUUCAAGCUUUGACGACUCCGGACCAUGGGUAAUUAUCUCUAAGUCUGUGGCUGCUGAGCCCGUCUCAACUGUGAGAAAGACGUUCCCUGAAGUCUGGAAUUUCGACCUGAUGCCUGUUGGUGAGACAGGAAUAUCUUCCUCAACACAAAAAGUCCCAGAUACAAUCACCCAAUGGCAAGCUUCCAUGUUCUGCCUCUCAGAAGAGAAAGGAAUUGGGAUGACCACAUAUCCAUCCAACUUCACCUCAAUCCUUCCAUUCUUUGUGGAGGUCUCUGUACCCUAUUCCUUCACUAGAGGGGAGACAUUGCUCCUGAGAGCCUUCGUGUCCAACUACCUGAAUCAAUGUAUCAAGGUGCGUGUUACACUACAAACAUCCAGCGACUACACGGCUAUUCUGCAGGAGGGAACCCAGGACGCGUGCGUGUGCCCCAAAGGGAGAGCCUCCUACUCCUGGAACGUGACUGCUAAAUCACUAGGAGUGAUAAGUUUCAAUGUGACAGCUCAGACAACCUUCAUUGGAGCCAAAUGUGAAGGACCUCGGGACCCCAAACAGCCACUUCGCAGUGAUACUGUAAUAAGGACUGUUAUUGUAGAGGCUGAGGGGAUACAGAAGGAGGUGACGUUCAGUAAUCUGGUGUGUGUAGAAGGCAGCAAUGUACAGAUCCCAUUCAGCCUCGCUCCUCCCGCAAACAUGGUGAAAGGAUCAGCCAAGGCUUCUGUCACUGUGAUUGGAGACCCACUGGGCCAUGCUGUUAACAAUCCGGAUUCUCUGAUCCAACUGCCCAUGGGUUGUGGGGAACAAAAUCUAGUUAAGCUGAUGCCAAUACCGGCUGUUCUGGCUUAUCUGAAUUGCACCGGGCAACUCACCAAGGAGAUCCAAGACAAAGCCGUGCAGUACAUGUCAACAGGAUAUGUCAGGCAACUUGGUUUCAAACGAUACGAUGGAACAUUCAGCGCUUUUGGACAAAAUGAUCCCAUGGGAAGUUCAUGGUUGACAGCUUUAACGCUCUACACCUUUGAGAAAAUAAAGCAGUAUAUACCAGUAGAUCCAGUGGUCAUUAAUCAGGCACUGAUUGGCCUUGAGAGAAGCCAGGACCUAAGAUCAGGAUGUUUUAAAGCAGUUGGGACUCUGUUUAACAGUGGCCUCAAGGGUGGUGCCGAUAAUGAAAUCAGCUUUACUGCCUAUGUAGUUGCCGUUCUGCUGGAGACCAAUUACCCAGGAGCGCAAACCCUUCUGCGUAACGCCUUAGAAUGUCUGGACGCAGCAUCCAGGAGAGAGCAGUCACUGUAUAAUCUGGCUAUGCUCUUCCAUGCAUUCAGUGUAUCUGGGAAUGAAGAAAGGAGAAAUGCUACUUGGGCUCAGCUGAAGAAAUUGGCAAUUCAAAAAGAUGGUGGAAUCCACUGGGAGCGUACCGACAAGCCAAAUGCAGAGAAGUACCCAUUUUUCUAUGCCCCGGCUCCUUCGUCUGAAAUAGAGAUUUCGGCCUAUAUCCUGUGGGGCUUGACUAAGGGUCGCGCCCCAUCCCAAGAGGCUAAAUCCUACAUGGCCCAGAUUGCAGUAUGGUUGGCUCAGCAGCAGAACGCACAAGGAGGUUAUCGGUCAACUGCGGACACAGUGGUGGCCCUACAGGCUUUCGCUGGAUACAACUGCCUAGUAUACAAGCCAGGGGCCACCAAUCAAGUGAGGGUGUCUCUGGCGAGACGAGUGAUUGCCGCUUUCAAUGUGCAGCCAAGCAAUAGGCUUCUGGUACAGAGACGCAUGCUGCCGAGUGAACGUGGAAACUACGCAUUUACUGUUAGUGGCAAUGGCUGUUGUCUGAUACAGAGCUCAGUCAGAUACAAUGUCCCAGUGCAGAGUAAGGAUUCCGCCUUCUCCCUGUCUGUAACGACAUCGUCAGGGAAUUGUGUCAACGGUGUGGCCUUCACCUUCCCCAUCAACAUCACUGUAAGUUACAAUGGAAUCAAGAAUCAGUCCAACAUGGCGGUUGUAGACAUGAAGUUGUUGUCAGGAUACACAGUGCAAUACCAGUCACGUCUCCAGCUGAGGCGGCAGGUUUCCAAAGUGGAGCAGAUCAAUAACCAUCUGAUUUUGUACCUGAAUUCUGUGCAAAGGGAAGCCAUUUCUUUAUCAGUGACUCUUGAGAUGGACAACAGAGUGCAGAACUUCCAGCCGCAGUCGGUGUAUGUCUAUGACUACUAUGAGCAAGAUGAGAAUGCAGUUGCUGGGGUCAGGCACCCUUGCUCUCUCUAGUAAGCUUACAGAAGUGGAUCUCACUUGCCUGGUCCAUCAGUCGUCCAUGAAUGAAACAGAGGGACCAUUGGCUCUUCUGACGUUUGUAUUUGUU